AUGCCUGCCCCCAAAGAUACCAGACCAAUCGUGAUCUCCGGCCCCUCAGGCGUCGGCAAAGGCUCCCUAAUCGAGAAGCUCUUCUCUAAGCACCCCGACACCUUCGCUUUCACAGUCUCCCACACAACCCGCAAGCCCCGCGCCGGCGAAACCGAUGGAACAAGCUACUUCUUCGUCGAGCACUCUGAAUUCGACAAGCUUGUCUCCGAAAAUGCUUUCGUCGAGCACGCACAAUUCGGCUCAAACAAGUACGGAACCAGCCACAGGACUAUCGGCGACCAGAUGGCCAAGGGCCGGGUUGUUGUUUUGGAUAUCGAGAUGAACGGCGUGAAGCAGAUCAAGGAGAACCCUAGCAUUCAUCCUCGUUUUGUGUUCGUUCAGCCGCCCAGCGUGGAGAUUUUGGAGCAGCGGUUGAGGGGUCGGGGGACGGAGAGUGAUGAGGAUGUGCGGAAAAGGCUUGCGCAGGCUACUUCCGAGCUUGAGUAUGCGAAUUCGCAGCGGGGAGUUGAUAAAAUUAUCGUCAAUGAUGAUCUGGAGGUUGCUUAUAAGGAGUUGGAGGAUUACAUCUUUCAAUAG